AAGAAGGUGUGAAGAGAGAAGGGCGGGCUCAGGGUCGGUGGGGCGGGCGGUGCUUAGGCUCGACCAUGCCCCCUCCUGCCCUCUAUCUUGUCGCUUCGAGGGGGAAGAAGUGUGAACUUGAACGCCGCCUUCACUGAACGGACUGUGUGUGUGUGUAAGUGUGUGUGAGUGAGAGAGUCCCGCAGCCAGAGGCCACUCUCUCGCUCACUCUCAUCAGCGUCUUCGUAACAUCCGCGUCGCACCGCUUGGUUCUGGGCAGUUAGUCGGAGGAUUUUUGGCCGGACGCUGUGUUCAAGCACCGGCGGUUUUCAUUACUUGUCCGCGAGAAGCAGGUGAACGAUUGGCCGGAGUGGAGAGAAACGGAGCGCUGACGCACCAUGUCCAGGCGCAAACUUGGAAGCAGACCGCAGCACCUGAGUGCGUUUCACGAGUCCGGAGACAUGGAUGGCACCGGCUCGUCCGACCACCAUCCACCGACUGCUCCUCUUCCCCCUGCACUCCCACAGGUCCAAGGACCUAAUGAGGGUGGUGACCUCUUGACCUGUGGCCAGUGCUGCCAGGCUUUCCCCCUUGCCCACAUCAUGGCCUUCAUCCAGCACAAGCAGGGCGGCUGCCUCUCCCGAAGCCAAGCGGUGAACACUAGCACCACGCCCCCCUCACCUGCCACCCGAGCCCAUCAACAGCAGCAGCAGCAGCAGAAGCAGCCGCGUUUGUCGAACGCCAGGUUGGAGCCGGGCUUCAUUGAGCUGCGGAGAGCGGCUACCAGAGAGGGAGACGGCGACUGGAGGGAGGAGUCCAGCAGAGCAGUGCCAGAGGAACCGUCCUAUUUCACCUGCCAACAGUGUGAGAGCAUGUUCCCAUCAGCGUGGAUGCUGCUACAACAUGCUCAGCACACGCACUCCUUCAGCAUCUACCAAGAGGACACGGAUGUUUCUGCAGAUAUGAACGCAGAAGAAGUCCUGAAGGAGAUGAAGCCCGUGGCGGCCACUCUGGACCCACGCCACCUGAGCCAAGCUCUGGCCUCAGCCUUUCAGCCCCGACAGGGUCGCUCCCGUCAGACACACGUCGCCUCCUCUCCCAGCAGCUCCCAGUUGCUGAACUUCUCGGUGCGGCUCAGGGAGCUCGCCAAGGGGAAUAACAACACCAGCAGCGCCUCACCUGGCUGUCUUAUGCUGUCUCCGUCCUCGUCUCCACCUGCAGCGUCCACGUUUCCUCAGACCGGCAGCCUCCAGUCUGACUUCCCCUGUGAUAUUUGUGACCGGAACUUUCUGUCCGUGCAUGCCCUGACAAACCACCGUCGUACGCAUGCCUGCGAGAGGCCCUAUCACUGUGGGGUAUGCGGGCUGGCCUUUGCCCAGAGUGGCCAGCUUGCCCGACACAUACGGAGCCAUCACAAGGAGGCCGCAGGUGGAGGAAGUGGAUAUGAGUUGGUGGAGAUGGUCGGGAUGGAGGAGGAUGUCAGCAGGCAGGGCGUGAGGGCGAGGUUUCCAAUACAGGCAUCUACAAACACAGGUAGGGCCGUGGUCGGUGCCGACCCCAGGGUCCAAGGUCAGUCUGAGCUGGACCUGUCUCUGCCCAAACACCCGUCCAUUGCCUCAGGCCUGAUGCUGCUGAACUCACAGGUUAGACCAUCAGAGAGAGAGUUGCUGAGUCUGUACCAGAGGGAGGCAGGGGAGGCAGGAGAGGAGGAGGCUGAAGGGCAGGGGGAGCCGCCGCACACCUCACCCUGCGCCAGCCCUUCCGAAGGCUCACUGGAGAGCGGCGAGACAGGAGGCAGCGGCGAGAGCGGCAUCGCCAGCGGGAACUGUACGCCCAAACGGACGGAAAAUGGCGACCGUGGGCGUGGAGUCGGAGAGUGGGAGAGUGAGAGAGAGAUAAACGAUAGGGAAAAGGACUGGACAACUGCCAAAGUCAGCGAGGUGGUGCAGGAGUGGCAGAGGGAGAACGAGUGGAGGUGCGUCGCCGGGGCGAUCGGCAGCAACAGCAGCGCGACUGCUCUUUCCACAGGAAAGAAAAAGAAAGACGAGGCCUGCGAGUACUGUGGUAAACAGUUCCGAAACAGCAGCAACCUGACAGUGCACCGCCGCAGCCACACAGGUGAGCGGCCGUAUCGCUGCGGCCUGUGUAACUACGCCUGCGCUCAGAGCUCAAAGUUAACACGCCACAUGAAAACCCAUGGUGCUCAGGGAGUCAAGGCUCCCUUCCUGUGCCAGCUGUGCAGCGUCCCCUUCACAGUCUACGCCACUCUGGAGAAACACCUCAAGAAAGUGCACGGCCUGAGCCACGCCAGCGUAGGUGCGUUCACACAAGUCACUGCUAACGACCAUUUAGCCGCUGUGAAAAGCGAAGACGCGGUGGGAGUAAAGAUGGAGGAGGAGGAAGCCCACUUGGAUCAGAUGGAAACUGAGGCGGUGAAGAGCGUGAAGAGGGAGGACGCCCAGAGUCGUGCUGAGUAUCUGGAGAGAGGAUCGAGUCCAGCCUCGGCGGGGAGUCUCCUCCCACCUGAGAGCGGUGCAGACAUGGGCUCAGCUUUGACUUUUGCUCUGUGAGGGCUGUUCUCAAUCACAGAUGACUUUUUUUUUUUUUUUUUUUUGAAAAAGCACUGCACAGGAUUUGACUCACAUUUUUCUAUUUUAUUUAAAGAACUCACCCCAUCCUUAAAAUGACAGUCAAGCAAUAAUAAAAAAAAAAGCUACAGGAAGAGUAGCAACUCCACCUUGUUUGGUAUCAACCCAGUUGUUCACAGCUGAAGGCAAAGCUGACGGAUGAAAGUAGGUGCCGACAGUUGAUGCAGACCACAGAGAAAAACAAGGCCAUGACAUUCAACAGGGAGAUUACCCAAGCUGCUGAACAGGAAGUGAACUGCCACAGUCCACACCGACACAGGAAACUGAUCACCAUGUUACAGUGCAGGGUGCAAAAACUAGAACAAUUUAUCUCUACGCCGGACAGGUGAAGAUGGAUAUUAACCCUCCGAUUAUACAAAAAAAAAAAAGAAACAGUUUGAGAGAAGGUUGUUGAAUAUAAUUCACCGUAUCCUCAGGUGGAGGAUGAUGUCGUGCUUCUCUACUCUCUUACUCCACAGACGGCCUUUUAAAGGCUGAACAGACACAGGGUGAAAUGAAUCCAAACACUGUACGGACCGUCCGCCUGCAGUUUCUCAGACCCCUCUUGUUAAAAGCGCUUGCUUGUCACAACACUUGUCACUUAACAUAAUGUUUACAGGACUCGCAGGGCCAAGCAAGGUUGUGCUCUGAUAUUAUAACAGUGUGUAUGAAUGACUAUCACUCUCUUCUUCCUUUGGUCUAAUUUUUUUUUUUUUUUUUUUAGGAGCGUGAAUACAGAGACUCUGAUGUCUCACCUGCUGACAGUUUAUGUUGUUGUUGAUUAGUUUCUAUGCAUAAAAAAAGACAAUUUUUAUCUCUAUGUGAAACGGGUGUUUAUAAUAAUUCUCUAUUUGUAUGUAGUUUUGUGACGGUAAUUGCUCUCUCCUUAUUGUUUACACUGGUGUCAGUCUGGCUCGAGGCUUGUGCAUGGUUUUGUAACGUUUCUUUCGUUGUUGUCCUUGCUUGCUUUUUUCCUUUUAUUUAUGGAUGCGUCGCGCCGAUGAUUGUGUUACUGUUCGAGUCCGUUUUACUGCUGAGCCACAGGGUCGAGAACAGCGGCAGUACGGGGCUGAUCUGGGGUCAGUUGUAGAGAAUGACAAAUUGAUAAUCCUCACACCUGUUUUGUUCUGAAUGCCACGACGCGUUUCUGACAUGGCGGGUUAUAAGAUUUGAGUAAAUCUUUUUUUUUUUUAUUUAACGAGAGGCGUCUUCAGGUAGAGGUCAACUGACAUGCUCCUAGCGGCUGCGAUGAUGUUGUCAUGAUGUCGACUUUCCUUCACGUCAGGGGAAACAGGUCCUCAUGUUCUAGCCAAUGACUGUGGAUAAGUGUGGUGGAACUGUUCAGGGAUAAUAUUUUGUAUAUAGAGUCACAUACUUGCUCUUGCUGUACCUGUUAUUGUUAUUAUUAAUAAUAUAAUCAGCCUGUCACUGUUACAUUCCCUUCACUUCUCCUCUCUGCGUCUCGCCUCCUCACGGAGCGCCGGCUGUUGUGAAGCCUUUUCCACUCUGCUCUGUUUUUGUAAACUUGAAUUCAUUUUUGUACUGUGUCACAAAGAGCCUCAAUAAAGCCAUUUGAGGUCAAA